AUGAGGAACACUUGCCAGGCGUUGGCCUCUUGCUUGUUACUGGUUCAGGUCUGGGAAGCACUGUGCCAGGAGGAAGUGUGCGGCAAAAUGGAGUACAUGGAUGAGAGCGAUCAGUGUAUGCCUUGCACAAAGUGUCCGCCCGGGAAGGAGCCAGACGGGGUGUGUGGCUUUGGCGCUGGCUCCAAGGUUGGAUGCAGGCCCUGCGCUCCUGGCAUGUUCUCCAGUCGUCAUGGACUGGCCCCCUGCAGUAUGUACACCCAAUGCGACAAGAAAAAGAGGGUAGAGCUGAGAGUCGGGUCACCAAGUGCAGAUGCUGUGUGUGGAGACUGCAUACCAAGGCAUUUCCCUCUAGUAGCCAAAAGUCCCAACAUCUGUGUCGCAUGCUGGCUGGCUCCUCCAGACACUGUGGGAUGUGAAGGUGAGAGAACGCUGCGACCUCCAGCUCCUAGGACACUAGAGGCUGCAAGUAAUGCAGAUAAGGCCUCUCAAAACAGUACCCAUAAAGGUGUGCCAGAGGAUUCUCGGACUCAGUAUGCCGUGUUGGCGAUUGUGCCAGUCUUCUGUAUGAUGGGCCUGACAGGCAUUUUCCUGUGUAACCUGCUGAAGAAAAAAGGUUAUCGCUGCACUUCCCAUAAGCCUGAUGAGGAGGCCUCUCCAGAGAAAGAUGGUAUUAACCCCUCCACCCUAUUAGAGGAGAAUGGCAAUGAGGACACCAUUGGGGUUCUGGUGCGUCUUAUUACGGAGAAAAAAGAAAAUGCUGUUGCUUUGGAAGAACUACUGAAGGAUUAUCAGAGCAAGCAGAUCUCUGCCGUAGGAAGCAAGUCACCUCCAAGGAUGCACCUCCUCCCUCAGAUGCCAAAUCUUUGCAAGCACCAACACCACCUGCACACGGUCCAGGGUCCGUCGUCCCGCUCCGGCAUGUGCUGUACUCGCUGCAGCCAAAAGAAAUGGCCUAAUGUACUUACAUCAUCGCAGUCUGCCAACAACAUAAAAUCCAGCAGAAAUGGGUUCAAGACCUCCAGAUCUGGGGAAAUCACCAUUCUGUCUGUGGGCAGGUUCCGUGUGGCUCGUAUUCCAGAGCAGAGGACAAACCCUCCAGAGGUGAAAGCUAUUUCUGAAGUUGGUGGUGGAGAUGGCCAAGAUGUCCCUAGUAGUGAGCCUUCUGAGCAAAGAGUGCUGCUGUCGGAGACUGUGAGGGCCAAAAACCACAGUCUAGAAGAUACCAGCAAGUUGGAG